AUGGCCAGCUCGAAUUCUGGUUCAUUCCGCUUGCGAUCAGAUGAGAAUCGCCGCCCCAAUUUUGGCCGGUCUGCAUCCUCUGUAAGUAACACCACAGUGGAUGUUGACAUGAAGGACGCAUCGCCAGCGCCGAACGCUCCCUUUGGACGAUACCAUCGCGCAAAGCUAUCAUCUGCGUCUUCAACAGCAUCUUCGUCAACCUACCGCCAACCAUUUCACGGACGCAAUGCCACUAGCAAUCGAUCGAUGGCCGCAAGUCGCUUGAUGGCACCGACGACGUCUUCUCUGGCACAUCGAGUGACUCCACCCGUAUCAUCUAGUUUACUGCCAUCUUACGCACGACCAACUGCUAACAGUACUGCUGGAAGAUACCAGGGAUCUAGACUUCCAUCAGCAACUACGAAAAUAUCGUAUAGCACGGGGGCAAGCCGGCUUCGGUCUGGAACAUCAAGUGCGACAGCAAUGAAUAGACCUCCGUACGCAGGUGCGGGGGCAUCUAAAAGAAUUCCAGCAUACUCGAGUCCUCAGCCUCAGAAUGACACAAAUAACACUAUAAACCACACACAAUGUAUACCACUAUCACGACAGCUUGUGACUGAACAGACUGUACCACCACCACCGGCUCCAGCAGAAAUGAUGGACUACGAAGAUCAACAAACGCAACAUCCGGAAAAAAAUGAUCAAAUUCAGCCGCCAAAAGCUUGGAGUCUGGACGAUUUCGAAAUUGGGCGAGAACUUGGGACUGGCAAAUUUGGGCAAGUGUAUCUUGCUCGGGAGAAACACUCUCUUAUGGUCGUUGCACUUAAAGUGUUAGUGAAAGAGCAACUGAAAGCUGCUGGAGUCGCUCAUCAACUACGAAAAGAAGUGGAAAUUCAUUCGCGUAUCCGGCACGAAAACAUCUUGCCGCUGUAUGCCACUUUUCAGGAUGCCACACGAGUGUACCUGGUGCUGAAAUAUGCGGGAGGUGGAGACCUUUACAAGAAAAUGCGUUCCAUGCCUGGGCGACGAUUUUCUGAGCGUCAAACCAUGCUUUACACGGCACAGCUCGUCAGUGCACUGGAAGCUUGUCAUACCCAGCACGUAAUUCACCGCGAUAUCAAACCUGAAAAUCUCCUUUUAUCCGAGGAGGGGACAAUCCAACUUGCCGACUUCGGUUGGUCAUCUGCAAAUGUGACCGCUGCAACUCGUCGCGAUACUCUUUGCGGCACUUUGGAUUACUUGUCGCCGGAGAUGAUUCGGGGAGAAAAAUAUGAUGAGUCCGUUGAUAUAUGGGCUAUUGGAAUCAUUAUGUACGAGCUACUGGUGGGCAAACCUCCGUUUGAAGCGCCCGGACAAAACGAAACGAUCGAACUCAUUACCGAAGGUCAACUUUAUGUGCCUUCAAUGGUCUCGCUUGCGGCAAAGGAUUUGAUCACGAGGAUUUUGCAGAAAUCGCCUCAGAAGCGUCUGUCACUGCAGCAAAUCAAGGCUCACCGCUGGUUCGCCCCACUGUCAACUCGACGAGUAAACAGGCGCGGAUUUUGA